UCCCUGAACUCAGUGCUGGCUGUUGUGAGGCUUACGGGAGCCGGGACGGGCCACCCUCCUCCUCUCUCAGGGAUCGGGCCGGGCGGGUAAUCCUCCCCAGCGGGAGCCUGUAGAGGUGUGCUUCGCUGGUCCCACAGUCUUUCCUGGGAGAGAAAUGGCUACGUCCUGAGCCCAUGGACCCUCUGCCCAGUGGCACCUGGGAAAUCCAGCGGAGGCAGGAGCUGUGGGCUGGCAUAGUUCUGAGAUUCAUUCUGGAAAGUCUUCCACUCCACCAUGUGCCUAGGGAACUAGACGCCUAGUCAAACUUACUCAAUUUUCAAUCUUCAGAGAAAAUUAGGAAUUGAGUUUUAUUAUAAUCAAGAGCUACAAGCUUCACUGAGGCACAGUUUGGGGGGAAUAAGGGCCCAGGGAGAUGGCCCUCACCUGCCUGUUGAGCACAACUCUUGGGACCCCUGGGUGCAGGGAUCUACCCAUCAAAACUGAGCUGCUGCAGCUCAUCCUAGACCAGUAUUUUUCCACAUUUAAAAAUUCACGGCCCACUAAAAACGAUAAAAAAUAUUCCAUGCCCUUUUCUGUAUUUUAUGAUGCAAAAGAUCAUAGGUUCUUUCUCAUUUUCCAAAUAUAAAGUUAUGACAUCAACCAUUGUGCAUUUUCUUAGCACAAAGCCCUCUCUCCCCUAGUUGGGAAUUGCUGCCUAAGACCCUGAAAACCCGCAGGUCACUCCAGGGCAGUGUCUGAGCUCCUGGGGUCCCAGAGAUGCUGCCCCUUUCUGUCCUUCAGCUCUGGUCCCCUGGCCGCAGAAUACAGGUGGACAGAAGCACAGGUGCCGCUCGGGGGAACCGGGAGAGACUUUGGCACAUAGUUAGUUUCCAGCCUCCCAGGGUCCUGUCUGCAGAUGAACACUCUGGCUCCCGGGAGCUGGGUUGUAGCUGGGGAAGUAGAAACAGGCUGUUUAACCAACAACAAACAGUCCUGCCAUCCACAGACACACACACACACCCACACAGUCAGACGGGCUGUCUCACCCUCCCCUCCAGACCUGUGCACAGACACGCGCACGCUGGCGCCCGGAGCUCUGCCGGCAGCCCACGGCAGAUCACCGUCUGGAGUGACUGGCACACUCCACCUCCACAAGCCCCGGGCCUCUGCGCCCAUCAGCUCCUCCCCUCCCUCCCGUUUCCCUGAGGAGUGCGCUGCCUCUUUAAAACCCAACUCUCAGGGCUGUGCUCUGUGACCCACAAAGGGUUCCAAUUGUGGCCAUUCAGUGGCCUUUCCCCAGGGAAGGGAGGGGAGAUGAGACAGAUGGGAGGCUUGUCCUGCUGCGGCCACCAAGAGAAGCCCUCGGCUGGCCAGUAAUGAGCCAUCACGGUUCCCACCCAGCUGGCUGCUCAAUGCCUUAACCUCUCCCUAACACAGCUCCAUGGAGGCUCUGUGGCCUCGCCCCAUGGGGGCACCUCCCUCAAUUCUCUGGUCCCCUUUCGCACUUCCAGGCUGGUGUCCCCUCCUGGCGCCCCAUCGAUUGUCCUGUCUUUUCCCAGGCCCUCUGCCUUCCCCUGUCACAAGCUGUUGUUCCCAUGCUUUGCUCGCUCCUUGUUUUUCCAUGGGCAUGCUUUGUCCUCCGGCUUGAUCAUGAGCUCUUCAAGUGCAGAGAGCAUGUCUUUGCUUUCCUGGUGACCGGUGCCCAGAGCAGAGCUCUGCACACACAGGACAGUCGCUAGACGCUUGGCAAAUUAGUUUUUUGCAGCCCACUCCUGCCAGCCCAGGACACACCCGCUAGUCCCCUCUGUGUGUCUCUCUCCUCCACAAUAACCCUGUGUUCUCCACUUUGGAGGGCUUGUCUGCACCCCUGCUCUCCAUGUCCCUGUGCAGUUUCAACCCCAGAUGCCUCCUUACAACUUCACUGGCUUUUUGUCAGCAUCUCCCUGCCUCUGCCCACAUGGUGGGCCCUGCCGCUGGAGGGUGGGGACUGGCAGGACCUAGAGGAGUUAGAUGCUCCCUCACUGGGCCAUGGCUCCUGGGGAAGGAAGUGUGUUGGGGAAGGCACCGAGGUAGAUGAAGUCUGGCUGGGAAAGCUCUUGGAGGGUGUGGACUUGACGUUGCUACUUAGGAGAGCCUGGUCCUUGGUCAGAGGAGCCCUUCUCUCCUUCCUACCCCCAGGACUUAGCCUCCGGAGGGUCAGGGCCAAAGUGAGGUUCACGUCUGAGACGCGUAGUCACAUCGGGAUCUCUUGUGUUGAGUGGGAUGCACAAAGCCAGCUGCUGCUUUUGGGAGAUUGAGGGUCUCACCUGGGGAGUAUUUGGAGUUCCCAGAAGGAAUCUCGCCCUGGAGCAUCUUUUCCCUGAGGCCUCAGAGCCUGAAAUUUCACUGGGUGCCCCCCCCCCCCCCCGCAUCAAACAGAUGUAUCAGUGAAGGCCAGAGCGAAACCACGAGUGGUUUGCAAUUGCAGAGCUAGAGUUAGUACCGGGGUGCCCUGCCUUCUCUCCACCACCAGCCCAGAUUGCCCGGUGCCAGCUCUCCACCCCUGCUCCUGGUGGGCUGAACUGGGCCUUGCUGGGUGCUGUGGUCCCAACGGUGCCAUUGAGUAGAAGGGGCUGGUCUGAAUAGCUCCCCACUUCCCUCUGCUCCUCAACAUCCCUGUCCCGUCGUCUCCUGUCUCUCCCUCUGGUGUUCGGUUGACCUGUUCUCUGCUUCUCCUCCUUCUGGCCGCGUGAGGACCCCUCCUCUGGACAGGAGCUCUCUCCUGGGUUCCCGCCUGCCGCGCCCGCUUGUGGCCGCCAACUAGGCUGAGCAUGCUGGGGUCCGUACCUACUUCUUCAGUGCCGAGAGCCCCGAGGAGCAGGAGGCCUGGAUCCAGGCCAUGGGGGAGGCUGCCCGGGUACAGAUCCCUCCAGCCCAGAAGUCGGUGCCCCAAGCUGCGCGCCACAAUCUCCCCACCACCACCCAACUCCAUGCUGGGCUGGAGUCCCUGACAACAUCUCCCUUGGCAUCCCGCAGCCACGAGAAGCCAGAUUCGGAGAACAUCCCACCCAGCAAACACCACCACCAGCCGCCUCACAACAGCCUCCCCAAGUCUGAACCGGAGGCCAAGACUCGAGGGGAGGGUGAUGGCCGAGGCUGCGAGAAGGCGGAGCGGAGGCCCGAGAGGCCUGAAGUCAAGAGCGAGCCCCUGGUGAAAGCCAAUGGCGUCCACACCGGCCCAGGACCAGGCUCGGAGCCCGGCAGCCCUUACCCCGAGGGCCCAAGGGUCCCCGGGGGUGGGGAGCGGCCCGCCCAGCCCAACGGCUGGCAGUACAGCUCCCCCAGCCGGCCAGGGAGCACAGCCUUCCCGCCUCAGGACUCAGAGAGUGGGGGGCACCGGCAGAGCUUCCCGCCACGAGUCAACCCCGACAAAAUCGCCCAGCGCAAGAGCUCCAUGAACCAGCUUCAGCAGUGGGUGAACCUGCGCCGAGGGGUGCCCCCUCCUGAAGACCUUCGGAGUCCCUCCAGGUUCUACCCCGUGUCCCGUAGGGUCCCUGAGUAUUACAACCCCUACUCCUCCCAGUACCCUGAUGACUACCAGCACUACCCGCCAGGCGUGCGGCCCGACAGCAUCUGCUCGAUGCCGGCCUACGAUCGGAUCAGCCCGCCCUGGGCGCUGGAGGACAAGCGUCACUCCUUCCGGAACGGAGGCGGCCCCGCCUUCCAGCUGCGUGAGUGGAAGGAGCCUGCUGGCUAUGGGCGGCAGGACGGCACCGUCUGGAUCCCCAGCCCCUCCCGGCAGCCCGUCUAUUAUGAUGAACUGGAUGCUGCCUCCAGCUCCCUGCGCCGCCUGUCCUUGCAGCCCCGAUCCCACUCCGUGCCCCGCUCGCCCAGCCAGGGCUCCUACAGCCGCGCCCGCAUUUACUCCCCCGUCCGCUCACCCAGUGCCCGUUUUGAGCGGCUGCCACCUCGCAGUGAGGACAUCUAUGCUGACCCUGCUGCCUAUGUGAUGAGGCGAUCCAUCAGCUCCCCCAAGUAUGAUUACCUGGGAGACAGGCGGCCAGUCCCUGCAGGGCUGUUCCCCUACAACUACCCACCGUCCCCCACGGUCCACGAUAAGAUGGAUGAACUUUUAGACCUUCAAUUGCAAAGAAACCUAGAGUAUUUGGAUCAGCAGAUGAGUGAGAGUGAGACUCUCAUCAGUAUGGUGAACCACAUGGUGGAAAACUCCUCCCCCAGGGCCCAGCUCUUCAUGCAAGUCCCUCCGUACCCAGAAGUGUUCCGGGACAGCCUCCACACCUACAAGUUAAACGAGCAAGACACAGAUAAGCUGCUGGGCAAGUUGUGUGAGCAGAACAAGGUGGUGAGGGAGCAGGACCGGCUGGUGCAGCAGCUCCGAGCUGAGAAGGAGAGCCUGGAAAGUGCCUUGAUGGGGACCCACCAGGAGCUGGAGAUGUUUGGAAGCCAGCCCGCCUACCCGGAGAAGCUGCUGCACAAGAAGGAGUCUCUGCAGAACCAGCUGAUCAACAUCCGGGUGGAGCUGUCGCAGGCCACUACGGCCCUGGCGAACAGCACCGUGGAAUACGAGGGCCUGGAGUCGGAGGUCUCCGCCCUGCAUGACGAGCUCUGGGAGCAGCUCAGCUUGGACCUCCAGAAUGAGGUGCUCAGCCGCCAAAUCCAGAAGGAGAUCUGGAGGAUCCAGGAUGUGAUGGAGGGGCUGAGGAAGAACAACCCCUCCCGGGGCACAGACACGGCCAAGCACAGAGGAGGACUUGGCCCCUCAGCCACCUACAGCUCCAACAGCCCCGCCAGCCCUCUCAGCUCUGCCAGCCUCACCAGCCCCUUGAGCCCCUUUUCGCUGGUGUCUGGCUCUCAGGGGUCCCCCACCAAGCCUGGAUCCAGUGAGGAGCCCGGCCCACCGCGGCCUCCCCUCCCCAAAGCCUACGUCCCCUUGGAGUCUCCUCCCACCGUGCCUCCACUCCCUAGCGAGAGCCGCCUCUGGCCAUACCCCACCUCCCCUUCCUGGCACCGCGGUGGCGAGACAGCCAGGGGUCAGCCCAAGGCAAGCUAUGAGCCAAGCAAGAAAGACCCCCACCAGACAUCACCCCUGGACACCACUAAAGACAUCAGCCUUGUGCCCACCAGGCAAGAGGUGGAGGCAGAGAAGCAGGCAGCUCUCAACAAAGUUGGCAUUGUGCCCCCCCGGACAAAGUCACCCUCGGAUGAAGAGGUGACCCCGUCAAGGGUGGUGAGGAGGACCACCAACAUGCUCACCAAUGGACUCUCCUCCCGGCAGGAGCGCCCCAAGAGUGCUGUGUUUCCUGGCGAGGGCAAGGUCAAGAUGAGUGUGGAGGAGCAGAUCGACCGCAUGCGGAGGCACCAGAGCGGCUCCAUGAAGGAUAAACGGAGGAGCCUGCAGCUCCCAGCCAGCCCGGCCCCCGACCCCAGCACCCGGCCCGCCUACAAAGUGGUGCGCCGUCACCGCAGCAUCCAUGAGGUGGACAUCUCCAACCUGGAGGCAGCUCUGCGGGCAGAGGAGCCUGGCGGGCAGGCCUACGAGACACCGCGGGAGGAAAUUGCCCGGCUUCGCAAAAUGGAGCUGGAGCCCCAGCACUAUGAUGUGGACAUCAGUAAGGAGCUCUCCACCCCCGACAAAGUCCUCAUCCCUGAACGGUACAUCGACCUGGAGCCUGACACUCCCCUGAGCCCAGAGGAGCUGAAGGAGAAGCAGAAGAAGGUGGAGAGGAUCAAGACGCUCAUUGCCAAGUCCAGUAUGCAGAACGUGGUGCCCAUCGGCGAGGGGGACCUUGUGGACGUGCCCCAGGACUCAGAGAGCCAGCUGCAGGAGCAGGAGAAGCGGAUUGAAAUCUCCUGUGCCCUGGCGACCGAGGCCUCCCGCCGGGGCCGCAUGCUGUCUGUGCAAUGUGCCACCCCAAGCCCUCCCACCUCCCCUGCCUCCCCGGCUCCACCAGCCAACCCCCUAUCGUCUGAAUCCCCACGGGGCGCCGACAGCAGCCAUGCCAUGCGGGUCUGAGCUCUGACUGCAAGCCCUGGCUGAGGCCAACGCCAUGAAGCUCCACAGAGCCACGUUCUGAAGCCCACCUCUGCCCACCUGAGGUCCUGGCUCCGCACCCUGGCCCCCCGGCCUCCCUGCCCCUGCGCUCCCAUGGGAGUGCCGCAGGGAGCCAGGCUAGGAGCACGGGCACCUCAGUGCCCACACACCCACGGUGCCCGGCCCGAAGCCCUCGCUACUCAGACGGUGGUCCUCGGCCAGGGCGUGAGAUGGCGGGGUGAGCAGCGCCAUCCUGUCUGAUGCCCACGGCACAGGGAGCCCAGGCCUGCCUCUGGCUGUGGUUGUGAUGGCCCUGCUGGAACAUUCCCUGAUGGAGGAGACGCUCUGAUGGGGAACGGACCCAGGGCUCUCUUAGGUUAGGACUCCUCCCGACGCUGAGGACAGCACCUGCCAUCAUCCCCGCCCCCGUCAACCCGCCCUGCUGCCCCAGCUGUCCCCAGGGUCUUGGCGCAUCUCUGCUGACGGGUGCUCCUUUGGGGUCCAGUGGAGACUGACCACCUUGCCUGAGCCAAAGACAAGAUGACGAGAGAUGGGGAGAGGCUCCUGGGCUCCCAGAGGACAGUGCUGGCUGUGGAGAGAGAGCGGCAGGUCUGUGCAGUGUCUGAGGGCAGGUUGAGAAGAGGGAGCAGAGCGAGAGGGCGAGAUCUCAGGAAAGUGGGAGGAAAGGGAGGCAGCAGGACGCAUGCACGAGGAGGAGGAGGAGGAGGAGGAGGAGGAGGAGGAUGGAGAUGAGAAGGGGCAUGGGACUGGUUUUCCCAGGAUGGAGCCUUAGGCUGGUACCGAGUACAGUGCUAGGCUGUCAGCUCUGCUCCUCCCACCUCGUCCCCAGGAUCAGCGGGGCUGCCAGCAGGAGGACCCCACAGUGCUACGGGGAUGGAGGUGUGAGCUGAGGGGCUGGGGGCAGCAGCCUGGGAGAUGGCUCUUUCUAGGUCUGGGCCUGAUGCCAGCCUCCCCAUCCCAGGGUCAGGAGCAGAGCGAAGGACCUGUCUUAAGGAGGAUGUGGUCAGCCUUGGGGCCUUUCCUAACCAUUUCUGUGACAUUAUCUUGUCUCCUUCCCCCUGGAAUGUGCUGUGGGCCAGCUGGGAGUGGGUCCCGGGGAAAGGGAAUGUGGCCAGUUUCUGGGGCCCUCCCCUGCAUCCCAGGAAUCCCAGAUGAGGACAAACUGAGGCUGUAAGGCAGGUGUCCCUUCUAGCGUGGCACUCUCACAGCCCACCCCCACCAGAGGGCCAGUGGUGGAGAGACAGAAGCAAAGCCCAUUCUUCUUGGCCCCGCCCACCUCGAGAGGAAUGUAGCCAGAGAGGAUGGAUGAGAAUGAAGCUGAACAGCCUCGGCCCCUAGACCUUCUCUUUGCCAGAGUUGCUGCCCAGGGACUUCAGCUCGACCUCCAGCGGCCCCAAGAACGACUACUUUAUCUUCCACCAGUUCCCCUCCACUCCUCCAUGACUGGGACAGUUACUGGUUCAUAUGCAAGUAAAGAUGACACGUCAUUCAACAAGUA